AUGUAUGCCAAGGACACGCCUGGUUCCAUGCUGCACAAAUCGUUCGAUUUUGAUGCAGACCAUUGGCUGACCACAUUCUUAUCCUGCGAGCCGCUCUUGGUCGAGGCAGCUUUGAUCUUCGGAGCAGACAAAGCACUGUGGCAACCUCGGCUGCUUUAUCUCGCUGACCUUUCCACAGCCACAAUGCCCUCGGCCAAAGCAUGUCUGUUUAAAUCUCCGUCUGUCCUGCCAGACGAUCGCCUUUCCUCCAAUCACCACGAAUUUGGACUCUCUCCUUUGCCUGGCGCCAUUGGUAACUCUUUACAAUUCACUGCUAGUUGGGGCUUUGACUCGACGCCUGUCUCUGCGUCUACUUCUUGCUCGGGUUCUCUGUGUGGCUCCCAUUCUUUGGAUCCCUUUGUUGUGGAUUCCGAGAUGGGUCUCAAGAGGGUCACGUCCAGUUGCAGCAACUCCUCGGGUGCAUCUUUUCUAUAUUCGCUAACAGAGGGAAACCAUCAGUUCGGCUCGAGUGGCAUGAAAGCACGAAAAAUGGGUCUCAGCUCAACAGAGUCGUUCUCGACGCUGGACUCCGCAGCCGAGGGCCCCAAGCAGAGUCUCAAGAUGUCUACUGACUCUCUAGUGUCGGGAUCGAGCCGCGAGAAUUCUGUCCUUACGUCUUCAACUGCACUCACCAGUGUGGCUUCGCUCUCUACUAGACCUCUCAAGGUGACCAAACGUGGCCCGACAAUUAAGCAAGAGCUGUUAUUAUUAGAACCCACAGGAGAUCAGAAACACCAUGAAGGCACGUUUCGACAACAGAACUACAAGGUCCUCAGGAGAAAUAUGCCCCACCAUCCAUUUAGCCGCGAGGACGCGUGUUAUAUGCAGUCAUACAGUGCUGCUGCAAUGUCAAAGUAUAUACCUAUGAUCUGUACAGUGUUCUUCCCAUUGACCGAGCCGUUGAACAGCGAUCGUUACACUCACGACCUAUUACGCCGCCUCAAUUCUCUUAACUCGCCUUCGUUCCACGACUAUGGGAGCAACCCGCCCAUGGAUGUACUUGACCUCGGUUGUGGGGAAGGUCAUUGGGUAGAGUAUGCUGCCGCGGAAUGGAAAAUGGCAGGGACACAUGUUAUUGGCCUUGAUCUUUUGGAUUUCCACCGCGGUGAUGCGUCUCGAGGUUUUCAGCCGGACCACAAUGUCACCUAUGUCCGUGGAAAUUUCACUAAAUACCAGCUCCCUUUCGACGAUAAUUCGUUCGACCUCGUCAGGAUGGCGAAUCUAUCGCUAUGCGUGCCACAGAGCAAAUGGACAAACGUCCUUAUUGAGGUUCGACGAGUUCUCAAGAUUGACGGUCGCCUUGAACUCAUUGACGACGAGAUUUUCUUCCCGUCAAUACUGCCGACGCCUGGUUCACUUCACCAACGGUCCGUCUCCCAGCGAUCUGUUCCUGUCAGACACGAUCCUCUUCUUAUGCACGACAACAACGACCCUUUGGAUGAGGAAAGCGAUCGUUUCAGUACAGGCUCGACCCAUCCUAGGAGAAACUACUCAACGGACCUCAAGGAUUUCGGCGUGUGCAUGUCCGAUACUAAGAGACUCGCAAGAGAGGAGUACGAACGCAGCUCAGAUAUAUCUCGUGGUCUCGAGUCAAUCUUCAAAGAUAUGCUUGAGCAGUACGGGAUCUCUCAGCCCGUAUUCGAGAUCUUGCUGGGCUCUGUGUUUGGCUAUGACCAUACGGCAGAACUUGACGAAUUCCAGCUGUCUGUUCCCUCGCGGGGGAUCUUGGAGUCUGAGAAUAGCGGUAAGAAAGCCCAGUUUCGUCGCCCGAGACGUAGCGAUGGUGCUCCUGUGGAACCUCUUCGUGAUGGUGGACAGACGCAGCCUUCUACUCCUAGCUUGUCACCUAAAGCUAUGAGAUUGCUUCUGGGUGACCCUGACAUUACGUCGUCCAGGGACAACCUUCCUUUCCAGCCCCCUGGACUCAUUCUGCUAUCGUCUGGUUCUUUGUUGGAAUUUCCACCUGCAGAACUGGAAAUGCAUGCUUGCAAGAACCUCCACAUCCUGCUUAGCUGCAAGCAUGCGCUCAUGAACUUUAUGCUUAACCAAAGGCCCGGCGACAGACACUGUGAGUUAGAUGCGGCGGCAUGCGAGAACGACGUAGAAGGUUGUUUCUGGAUCUACGAGAGCUUCAGGCGCAAGAGGUUCAAUUGGCCUAUGGACUACCCAGGCCUCCGGAUGGAGCCCGACGAACCUGGACCAUCCCCACUGAGCUUCUUCCGCUUCCCUACCGGAGGCUCUGGUGGAACUUCUUCAUCUGCUCGAAGCGGCCUGUUUCUUUCAGCUACAGCCAGAAAUAUUCGGCUGAAGUCACCAAGUAGUGAAGGUUUGACGUCAGUGCGGACUAUUCGUGUCUAUACUGCCACUAAAGCUCUUCGCGAACACACACACACUACAUCAUUCUCUCUUCGAUCUGAAGUUUCCGAAGUCUGUUAA